AACUCAGGUGUAACCACUUAAAGAUAUGCCGCCUUCCUCCCUUUGUUCUCCCUUCUUUGACCUCAGACAUGAUAGCUAAAACCACACACACACUUACAGAUGGAGGCAACCAAAGAACUAAUAAGAUCUGCUCUGCAGGAAUGGGACAGUGUACUCCUUCUGUGCUCAUAUCCUUUAAGUCAAGUCCAUCAAACAAUCUCUAAAGAUCGUCCAGAGAUGGCAAAGGUUUUCAAGAAGACCAGUAAAGGUGGAGCGCUGACCCUCUACCUGGGAAAGAGAGACUAUGUGGACCACGUGUCCCAAGUGGACAAAGUCGAUGGUGUUGUGAAGCUGGAUUCCUCAGAUGUUGGAGGCAGGAAAGUGUUCGUGCAGCUGGCUUGUGCCUUCCGGUACGGCAGUGACGACCUGGAUGUGAUAGGCCUCAGCUUCAGGAAGGACAUCUGGAUCCAGCACUACCAGCUCAACCCUGAGUGCCACAAGCCCGCUCUGUCCGACAUGCACGAUACGCUGCUGAAGAAGACCGGAGACGGCGCGUUCCCGUUCACUUUUGAAAUUCCCAACAACCUGCCAUGCUCAGUCUCUCUGCAGCCUGGACCAGAUGACAGCGGGAAGGCUUGUGGUGUCGACUUUGAGGUCAAAACGUACCUGGCCAACGAGAAGAACAGCGCUGAUGAGAAGAUUGAUAAGAAGGACACAGCUCGCCUUAUCAUUCGUAAAAUCCAGUACGCCCCCUCUGAGGUGGGCGCCGGGCCCAAGGCUGAUAUCUGCAAAAGCUUCAUGAUGUCCGACAAGCCCGUUCACGUAGAAGCUUCGAUGGAGAAAGAUCUCUACUUCCACGGUGAAACGAUCCCAAUCAAAAUCAAAAUCAACAACGAGAGCAACAAAACAGUCAAGAAAUUCAAAAUCUCUGUGGACCAAACCACAGACAUCGUCCUCUACUCAGCGGACAAAUACACCAAAGCUGUUUAUUGCCAGGAGUUUGGAGAGACAGUGGAGCCCAGCGGCACCUACGAGAACACCCUGAACAUCACUCCCUUGCUGGCUGAAAACAAGGAGAAGAGAGGCCUGGCACUGGACGGACGACUGAAGGAUGAGGACACUAACUUGGCCUCCACCACCAUACUGCGACCGGGGGUAGAAAAAGAUGUGUUGGGGAUCCUGGUUUCCUACAAGAUUAAAAUUAACCUCAUGGUGGCCGGAGGAGGCCUGCUGGGCGGCCUCACUUCCAGUGAUGUCACAGUGGAGCUGCCAUUGAUGCUCAUGCACCCCAAACCUGCAGAGUAAAAUCGUAUCAGUAGAGGACGUUAAGCUGGAGGUUGAGAAGAAACCCACAGAAAGGCGGGAAGACAGCGAGGGCAAGUGACACAAAACAAAGAAGAAGGAUGCGACUGGUGAAAUGAACCCAUACAACAACAAUAACCAACCAACUGAAGAGAAUGACCUUUUCAACACACCAUACGUAAUGAUGUAACAAUCCCCUCACACGUUUUGUCGUUCUUGUUUUUGUUGUUUAAUUAAUAUCAUUUAGCUGUAGAGGGAGUAUUCUGACUGUAAAAUAGUAUCCUACAUUUAGAGACCAAAGACUUCUGUAGAAACACACACAUAAUAAAAAAAUAAAAAUCCUUUUCACCUGGAGUGGGGGAAGAUGGGAACUCAGUUUGAAGCUCAUAAAAAGCCACUGUGCUUUAAACUACGGUGGUACACCCGUCUGUUAUUUACUUUUCUCUUUCUGUGAAAUUGACGUCAAGUCGAAUAACACAUAAUACAAUAAAAUUAUUGUAAAAACAGAA